AUGGCGACGCCGCCUCCAGAGGCCCCUUCUGUUCUAAAGGAGGAGAAGCCUCAACUGCCGCCGUCGCCAAAUGGAAUUUCUUCCGUUGGCGUUGGUCCCAAAGAUGCGCAAGGUGAUGUUACCGCUGCCAAACCAGAUGCGUCAGUCAAUGGGACAGGGGAGCCGACAGCGACAAAGCUUACCACAGUGAAUGGUCAUGGUGCGGAUCAGAAUAUCGCCACCGAUGCUGAUACCGCUGCCUCACCAAAGUCACCAGCUCCUAUCCCUGCUGAGUCCACGCAACAAAACGUACCAUCCGAAGCAGCUAAACCUACGAAUAUGGAUUCUGCUGCGACCGAUGAAGCCAACGGAGAAAUAGUCGAAGGCCAUCCUCCUGCCGGUGAGCCGACCGCGCAAGAGUCUGCCGACGGCACGGACACAGGACAGUCUAAUCCGAAAGAUGCGCAAGCGUCGCAGGAUGUCCCAAUGCAGCCAUCCGAGCCCUCGCCCGGUGCUACUGGGGAAGGAGCUACUCAGCAGAUACAAGAACCUGCCUCGGUGAAAACAGAACUCCCUCACCACCCGCAUACUGUCUCCAAACCUGACAGUGCGUCCAGUAGCGACGCCGCCAGUGGUGCGCCGUCGGUGCCACCUCUGCAGACAGUUGACCAGGAGAUGAAAGAUGCACCAGAAGUUCCAGCGUCUCCAACCAAAAUGUCACGGGAACGUGAGCCUGAUCCAGCUGAUGAACCAGCUGCUAAACGCACCAAGGUUGAGGGCGAUGGGUCGGCGCCGGUUGAGCUCAAGGCUCCAGAGUUACCUACUCCCACUACCGAAAGGUCAACCCAAGGGGUGGCGGAUGGGGGUGCUGGCCUUACCAAAGUUCAGCACAAGUUCCUCCUCAAAGGCAUCCAGAGUCUCAAGCGUAUGAAUGACUCGCGCUUCUACCGCGAACCGGUUGAUCCGAUCAAGAUGAACAUUCCCCACUAUCCCCAAAUCAUUAAGCAACCGAUGGAUCUCGGAACCAUCGAAAGCAACUUGAAAAAUAACAAGUACAAGUCAGCCCAGGGUGUUGUGGAUGACUUCCAGCUAAUGGUUCAAAACUCGUUGACGUUCAACGGACCUGAUCAUAUUGUGGCGCAGGAGGGCCAGAAGCUCAAAGCUACCUUUGAGAAACAGAUGGUCAACCUACCCAAGCCCGAUGAAGUCGAGGAGAAGAAACCAAAGAAGGUCUCCCAAAAGACGUCAGCAGCACGUCGGGAGCCAAGGACCAGCACCGGCCAGAACGCAGCACGUGCGCCUGGCAGUUCGCCUCAGGCAACCACCUUCGCUCUGGGGCCCGAGGGUUUGCCGCUUAUUCGUCGGGAUUCCACCAACGCGGACGGACGGCCGAAGCGCUCUAUUCACCCUCCCAAGCGGGAUCUUCCUUACUCCACGAAGCCGAAAAAGAAGAAGUAUCAGUGGGAACUGAAGUUCUGUCAAGAGCUGUUAGAUGAUCUCCAUAAGCCGAAGCACUUCAACUAUGCGGCACCAUUUUACUACCCCGUGGACCCGGUCGCGCUGAACAUCCCCACCUACCAUAGCAUUAUCAAGAAACCGAUGGACCUGUCGACAGUGCAGUCCAAACUGAAGACUGGCCAAUAUGAAAACGCCAAGGAGGUUGAGCUUGACAUACGUCAGAUCUUCAAGAAUUGUUUCAAGUUCAAUAUCGUUGGUGACCCGACAUAUGUGGCGGGGCAGAAAUUCGAGGAAGUCUUCAAUUCCAAGUGGGCACAGAAGGCCCGUUAUUUGGAGGCCCAUGAACCGCACCCGGAACAGCACAGCGCAGCAGAAUCUUCCGAGGAGAGCGAAGAGGAAGCCGAGGAGAGCGAGUCUGACGACGAAAAGCUGGGCAUGCUGAAGAAGCAGAUUGCAGAGAUGUCCCGUCAAGUGGAAGCUAUCACGCAGAAGAAGAAGAAGACCCCACCGGGAUCCAAGAAAGUUGGAAAGUCGAAGCCCGGGAAGAAGGAUGGCAAGAAGAGCGGGGCCGUAAAUCCUCCUAAGAAGGACAAGAAAAGCAGUUCGAAGCCAUCCAAGCAUGAAAAGCAGCGCUGGGUUACGUACCACGAGAAGCAGAUCAUAUCCAAUGGAAUUAGUAGCCUUCCCGACAAGAAGAUGCAGGAGGCGCUCAAGAUCAUCCAGAGCAAUGUUCCUUCUCUCAAGGGUACACAAGAGACGGAGAUUGAGCUUGAUAUCGAUGAACUGCCCAACGAUGUUCUUCUUAUGCUCCUCAAAUUCGUGAAGAAGAAUGCGCCCCAUGUCAUGGAAGAUGAAGAUGUGGCAACUCCUACUGCCAACCAGCCGGCUGCCCCAAAACCAAAGAAGAACAAGCCCAUGAGUAAGUACGAGCAGGAAGCUCAGAUCAACAUGCUAGAGAGCAACUUGUCUCGCUUUCAGGGUGGCAGUGGUCGCUCGCCGGAUCCAAUGCUUUCAGUUGAAGCCAAUGAUAGUAGUGAUGACUCCGAGGAUGAUUCCGAGGAGAGUGAGGAGGAGUAA